GUGGCGGUUCCGGCGCGCGGCGGGCGGCUGCGGGGAGUGCGGCUGCGCAGGUGAUGGAAAAAAUCUCUAUGAUGUGACAGUUAAGAAGCAGUCAUGUCAGCUCUCUGUCCACCUCCUUCUCCUGCAGUUGCCAAGACACAGAUCUCCUUGAAUGGGGACUCACCAUUACUAGCUGCUACUUUUGCCUACUGGGACAAUAUUCUUGGACCUAGAGUCAGACACAUCUGGGCCCCAAAGACGGAACAGAUGCUUCUCAGUGAUGGAGAAAUAACUUUUCUUGCAAAUCACACAUUGAAUGGGGAAAUACUUAGGAAUGCAGAGAGUGGAGCAAUAGAUGUGAAGUUUUUUGUCUUGGCAGAAAAAGGAGUAAUUAUUGUGUCAUUAAUCUUUGAUGGAAACUGGAAUGGGGACAGAAGUACAUAUGGACUAUCAAUUAUACUUCCACAAAGUGAACUUGGCUUCUAUCUUCCUCUUCACAGAGUGUGUGUUGAUAGGUUAACGCAUAUUAUAAGGAAAGGAAGAAUAUGGAUGCAUAAGGAGAGGCAAGAACAUUUCCAGAAGAUUGUCUUGGAAAGCACGGAGAGAAUGGAGGAUCAGGGCCAAAGCAUCAUUCCAAUGCUGACGGGAGAAGUUAUUCCUGUAAUGGAACUUCUUUCAUCUAUGAAAUCACACAGUGUUCCAGAAGAAAUAAAUAUAAGUGACACAGUGUUAAAUGAUGAUGACAUUGGGGACAGUUGCCAUGAAGGUUUUCUCCUCAAUGCCAUAAGUUCACACCUGCAGACUUGUGGUUGCUCUGUGGUUAUAGGUAGCAGUGCAGAGAAAGUUAAUAAGAUAGUGAGGACAUUGUGUCUGUUUCUUACUCCAUCAGAACGGAAGUGUUCCAGACUCUGUAGAAAUGAAUCUUCCUUCAAAUAUGAAUCAGGACUCUUUGUUCAAGGCUUGCUUAAGGAUGCAACUGGAAGCUUUGUGUUGCCCUUCCGUCAAGUAAUGUAUGCUCCAUAUCCUACUACACAUAUAGAUGUGGAUGUCAACACAGUGAAGCAGAUGCCCCCUUGCCAUGAACAUAUCUAUAAUCAACGGCGAUACAUGAGGUCCGAGCUGGCAGCAUUUUGGAGAGCCAAUUCAGAUGAAGAGAUGGCUCAGGAUAUCACUAUCCAUACAGAUGAAAGCGUCACUCCUGAUUUGAAUGUUUUUCAAGAUGUCCUGCAUCGUGAUACAUUAGUAAAAGCCUUCCUGGAGCAGGUCUUUCAUUUGAAACCUGGCUUGUCUCUGAGGAGUACUUUCCUUGCCCAGUUUCUGCUAGUCCUUCAUAGAAAAGCCUUAACUCUUAUAAAGUACAUAGAGGAUGAUACGCAGAAAGGAAAAAAGCCUUUUAAGUCUCUCCGUAGCUUAAAAAUAGACCUUGACUUAACAGCAGAGGGCGAUCUUAACAUAAUAAUGGCUUUAGCUGAGAAGAUCAAACCUGGUCUACAUUCCUUUAUCUUUGGGAGACCCUUCUACACUAGUGUACAAGAACGUGAUGUACUAAUGACAUUUUAAAGAUCCUGUAUGCUGCUGAAAGAAAGCUAGUAAUGUAAACACCAUUUUUCCCUUUUUGAUAAGCACAGUCUUGCACUCGAAUGAAGUGACUGAAAGCAAGUUACACUACAAUCCAGUCGAAAUGGGGAGGGAGUAUUCGAGGGAAAGUCACUUCAGUUAGGGAAGCACACUUCAGAAGAGCCUUUUUUGUUGUUUACAGUGAAAGUAAAUAUUUCAGUAGUUUUUAUGAUAUUUUGGGUUUGUUCUGUAAACUUUGCCACAGUUCUGGCUUAAACUGAUUUAAAGGGAGGCUUUUAUAUUGACUCUUUAGAGAGAUCAUACAGCUUCCCCACCAUUUCUCUUCAAUUUUGUGUCCCUCCUUAUCCUGUUAUCAGUAUUUCCCA